AUGGGAAUGUGCCCUUUGACACGCUACCGUGCCACUGAUGAUCACAUACCUACGCCUGAUUUCAAGGACUAUUACAGUCAGCGGGGAUCUGUGCCCGGUACUCUUCUGAUUUCCGAGGGAACAUUCAUUGCUCCAGAGCACGGAGGAUAUGCGAAUGCCCCAGGCAUUUACAACGAUGUCCAGAUCAAAGCCUGGCGCGGGGUCACUGAUGCUGUUCACGCCGAGGGCUCUUUCAUCUUCUGCCAGCUAUGGGCAUUGGGUCGUACAGCAAGCGUCGAGGUGGCAGAGCGAGAGAAUAUUGCAUUCAGAAGCUCGAGUGACAUUGCAUUGGACUCGCAGCAUCCAGCGCCAACUCCAUACACUAUUGAGGAAAUAAAAGUAGUUGCACAACAAUACGCACAAGCUGCGAAAAAUGCCAUCGAAGCUGGCUUCGAUGGCGUCGAGCUGCAUGGCGCAAAUGGCUAUCUCAUCGACCAGUUCGUCCAGGGUGUCUGUAACAGGCGAACCGAUGCCUACGGGGGAAGCGUCGAAAACAGAUCGAGGUUCGCAGUGGAGGUAGCACAAGCGGUCUGCGAGGCAAUUGGUGCUGACAGGACGGGCAUUCGUUUCAGCCCCUGGAGUGUUUACAAUGCAAUGAGAAUGGAAAAUCCGAUACAACAAUUCACUGAUGUCAUCAAACGGAUGAACGCUUUAAAGCUCGCUUAUGUUCAUUUGGUCGAAUCACGUAUUGCGGGAGCUUCUGACGUUGAAGCUGCGGAUUCACUUGCAUUCGCAAUUGAGGCGAGAGAAGGUCCGGUGUUGAUCGCCGGAGGAUAUACGCCCGAGACGGCCCGGCAGGCGGUGGACAAAGAAUACCCAGACCGCGAUGUCGUUGUGAUGUUUGGGAGAUAUUUCAUUUCGACGCCUGAUCUCCCGUUCAGGAUUCAAUCGAAUCUCGAACUGAAUAAGUAUGACCGGUCAACAUUUUAUACACCUAUGUCUCCUAUUGGUUACAUCGACUACCCUUUUAGCGACGAGUUCGCGAAGAAGUCACUAUUUGCAAAGUCAGGAUAG